CCAGUGGGAGUGUCCGCGACGAGCGGCCUCGGCCCCGCCCCCAGCCCAGGAUCCCGGGUUCCGCGUCCCAGGUCCCCAGAGAGGUGAGUCCGUGGCAGGUGGGCGCGGGCCACUGGCCUGUAGACGACGCUUCCGCCCCAGGCGUCAGCUCGCCGGGCUCCCACGCAGUCUCGAAGUUAAGCCGCGCGUGGGAGAGCUGCAGCUUCGCCCAGCUGGGGGGCUGCUGGGACGCCCUCUGAGGCCGGAGCGGGCGGGCCUGCCAGGCGUCGGGAGCGAGCGGCCGCCGCGCUUCGCCUGCCCUGCUGCGACCGGGGCGGGGGGUCUUCCUCGCCCUCCGUGCUGCUAGCCCCGCAGCUCCCGGGGAGAUGCUCGCGGUCGGCGUCGCCCGGGUGCCGGGGAGGUGGCGCAGGCCACCUGUGUGACAACUCGAACUUUUCCUGGGGUUUCCCGACCGCCAGUUGGGUCACGUUGCGCAAUUCUACUGAGACCUCGUGCGUUUGUCGAUGAAAUAAAAGCAGGAUUUUCCCCCAGUUCCUUUCAGGACGUUAUGACUUUGCUCCAUUUGAGACAGUUCAGGAAACUGCCAGAGGGACAGACUCUCCCCACGGUCAGGCCCUGUGCUGUCCUCGGGAGCUUGGGGCCUCUGUGUGUCCCGCCUUCCCCAACAUCUCGCUGACAUUUAGAGAGACUUCUGCGGAACCAUGAGCCCGAAGGCUUGAGCUACUUCCGGGGAGAGAGAGCCCGUCUCCUGAGCCCCAAGAUGGCGGCGAAGAUGGAGAUAACUUUGAGCUCUCAGUCUCACAUUCAGGCUUCCUCCAAGCCAGAGAGACACGUAAUAACAAAGCUGGAAGACAAACGGGGACCCGCUCUGCAAAAAGACCGCCCCGAUCCUGAGCUCUCCCGCCAGAGCUUUCGACGGUUUUGUUAUCAAGAGGUGUCUGGACCCCAAGAGGCACUCUCGCGGCUCCAGCAGCUCUGCCGUCAGUGGCUGCAGCCCGAGCUGCACACCAAAGAACAGAUUUUGGAGCUGCUAGUGCUGGAGCAGUUCCUGAACAUCCUGCCUCCGGAGAUCCAGGCUCGGGUCAGACAUCGAUGUCCAACGAGCAGCAAGGAGAUUGUGACCCUGGUGGAAGAUUUUCAAAGAGCAGCCAAGAGACCAAAGCAAUGGGUGGCCGUUUGUAUGCAAGGGCAGAAGGUGCUCUUGGAGAAGACUGGGUCUCAGCUUGGAGAACAGGAACUGCCAGACUUUCAACCUCAGGCUCCUAGGAGGUAUCCCAGGGAGAGCUCUCUGGAGGAGCCUUCCCAGGUGGGAUCUCAAGACCAGCUGAGCUCUCAUCAUUGGGAAAAAUCCCCACUCCUCCAGGAACCAAGCCCCAAAUUGCCCAGCACAGAGGCCCCCAGAAUGAAAAGUGACAACAAGGAAAAUCCACAGCCAGAGGGGGCUAAAGGAGGAAAGCCAUGUGCAGUGUCCCCUGGCAGAUCCAAAGGGAAUGGUCUGCAGAGUCCUGAGCCGAGAGGGGUGAAAAUGAAUGAACCCCGCUUGUCACGGAGGCAGGUCAGCCCCCCAAAUGCUCAGAGGCCAUUUGCUCACUACCAGAGACACUGCAGGGAACUGGAAUACAUCAGCAGCCCCCUGAAAAGCCACCCACUGAGAGAGCUGAAGAAAAGCAAAGGAAGCAAAAGGAGCCUGAGCAGUCGUUUGCAACGUCUUGGUCACCAGCCGACCCGCUCAGCAAAGAAACCUUACAAAUGUGAUGACUGUGGGAAAAGCUUCACGUGGAAUUCGGAGCUGAAAAGACACAAGCGUGUACACACAGGGGAGAGGCCCUACACAUGCGGAGAGUGCGGGAACUGCUUUGGGCGCCAGUCAACCCUGAAACUGCACCAGAGGAUCCACACCGGUGAGAAGCCGUACCAGUGCGGCCAGUGUGGGAAAAGCUUUCGCCAGAGCUCAAACCUCCACCAGCACCACAGACUCCACCACGGGGACUGAAAGCAGGGCUUCGUUCUCUCUGCUCAGAAGGAAGGCAUCUGUGUUUCUCCUUCCCCUUACUUGCAUGUAAAUCACAGACUGUCCGUGUGACUUACAAGGAAAGCAAGAAGUCCCUGAGGAAUGCCGGUGCAUGUUUGGCUGCUGAGGAGUCCCAGAAGACACCAGGGGGGUCGUGACAGAGCAAAGAGGUGGCAGGUCUGGGUGUUGGGUCAGAGAGAACUGGGGUUUCGCUAAGACAAUCCGGCCGAUCCUGCAGGUGCCCCUGCCCCUUUAUUUAUCCUCUAAACAUGUCCAAGGGUGAAUUACAUACAUACUUAAUGUACUUGCUAUCAUACCAGACAGUCUUAGUCACACACACGCUUCUUUAAUAAAGAUCAGUGACCCACUAGAAUUUCAAGGCAAAAGUUAAUUGGAAUAUAAAUCCCCUAACAUUCUUACUAUAAUUCCUGGCUGUUCAUAACAACACAUGAAGUGAGAGUUUGAACAUGUUUGUAUGAGGAGAGGAUUUCCAAGUAAACAGUGCUUUUACACACACACA